AUGAAGUUCUCGCUUGCUGCGCUUGCUCCCUGGGCCGUUUUUGCCUUGACCAGUGUCUCGUCCGUCGCUGCCGUGCCCCGCCACGCUAAACGACAGUCGAGCUCGUCCACUACAGCUACCGCUCCAUCGCCUCUUACGCCCAGCACGACCAACGAAGGGUCGCCGCUGUUGAUCCAAUGGGAUACCACCACCAGCCAGGCAUGGAAGAGCAUGGAGAUCAAGUUUAUGACCGGUUCCAAUCAAAACAUGACCGAGCUCUACACGGUUGCCACGGACGUCGAUGGCACCUCGUCCGGAGCUGGCAGGCUUCUUUGGACGGCACCCAACGUCUCGCCUAACUCGGGCAUCUACUUUUUCCAGUUCACCCACGGCGGCGAGGACCCAACUUGGACGACGCGCUUCGCCAUCGCUGACUCGAACGGGGCUGUGACGUCGCCCCCCAACGCUAGGCAGCCCGAGGGACCUGCGAUCCCAUGGGGCACAGGCAGGAUCGUAUCGGGUGCCGCAUCGGCUGGCUCUGCAUCUAACUCUUCGUCGUCCUCUGCCCCUGCCUCUACCUCUGCCUCUAGCUCGGUUGACUCGACUUCUGCCUCCUCGUCGUCCUCUGCAACCAGUGCAAGCUCGCCUACCUCUGCCAAUCAGUCGAGCACCUCGGGCCCUAGCUCGAGCUCGAGAUCGAGCUCAAGCCCCAGCGCUUCUAUCACUUCCGGAAGCUCGAGCAGCUCGAGCUCGUCAGCUUCCAUCGUCAUCCGUGUGGGUCCCGCUGCCAUGAUCGGUUGCGUCGUUGCUGUGCUUGCCGGAUCUAUGCUGGUCUGA